UCAAAAACUAUAUAGAAAGUUUGGUGAAAAUCCAAAACAGGAAAAGUAAAAAAAAAAAAAAAAAAGCCAACUUCUGCCCUUGGUUUUGAUUGCUUAAAAGCUAAAAUAUAUGCAUUGUUUAAUACAUAUUAACAACGUAUCAUCCUGGAUUCAACCCUGUGUUUUCGACUGAUAUAUGUUUUAUAGUGAUGCCCCUAGUAUAAAUGGGAGAUAUGGAAUUUCAGCAGCGUUGGGAGUUCAGGAGGAACGAUGAUGAACUCGAUUCUUCAUUCGAUGAUUCAGUAUCGAGUGACGGGUCACUUAUCAGAAAGCAGAAGCUGGUCUCAAGAUUGAUUUCACUUGAUGAUGAUGAAAGUAGUGAAAUUAGUAGACUUAAGCAGAAGGACAAUGAGAAUCCUGCAAAAGAGGAUCAAAUUAAUGUUGGGAAGGUUAAGAAAAGGAAAACUAGGAAUAUGAGCAGCAGGAACAAAAUGAAGAAGGAUUCUGUUGAAAAAGUUGAUUUGCAGAAGGGUGAAACAAGUGGUUAUGAUCACCAUGCCCCAUUGGAUGAUCUUAAAAACUUCAUGGAUUCAUUGUUAAAAGAUCUUAAAGUUACAAGAGAAAGUUUAUUGAAAUGGUUGAUGGAUGAAAUGCAAAAAUUGGUGACUGAUCAUCCAAGGGGAAAAAAACCUGGAGAUGACAAGGUUCAAUUGCAGACAAGGAAAAAAUCUAAAAAAGUUGAAGAUCAAAAUGGAAAAGUUCACAUGGAAAGCACGCGACUUCGACACUCGAGUAAGACUGACAAAUGCACUCGAGUCCAACAGCAAAACAAGCUGCAGGUACUGAUUCGAGAUGAGGAGAGCAAUAACAAGCAGCAUCAGAAUGGUUUCGGAUAUGGCAUGGAUAGAUCUUUAAUUAGAUUUCCUACAGGUAAUACUGCUACUGGUUCUACUGAUUAUUUCAAUACAUUAGGAGAUCGACUCGGGCCUGGAAAAGUUGUUGAACUUAUUACUUCAUCAAAAAGGAAAGGAGAUAGCUCGUUGAUAGCUGCUGCGAAUCCUAAUCUUCAAACAAGUGAUACUGAUCAAAAUGUUCAAGUCCAUUGUCAUACUGGUGUUGUUUUAGCCAUAGAGGCUCAAAAAGCCAAGAGUGGAUCUAUGAAGAGGAGUGCGAAAGGUAAGGAGACCGUUGAUCUCCGCGAUCACCAUCAAGUACCUGAAGAUCAAGCGAGCCAUGGCCAAGGCAUUACAACCGCAGGCGCCGGUACUAACAUAGAAAAGCCGGGAUCAUCGGUUGUUCAAAAUUUUCUGUCUAGUCCCUUUGGUCAGGCACCUUGGGCAAUAUAUCCCACGUUACCAACUCUUCUAAAUGACCCAAAAUUUGCAAAUCAGGGGCUUGAUGCUUCAUCAUACAACCAUGUGGUACCAAGAGUGAACCAAAUGCUGGAACCAGGUUCUAAUCAAGGAUCAUUUCCAGUUAUCCCACCAGACGAAACCAUUCAAAGAUUCGCAUGGAUGGGAUCCAGCACCCCAACUUCUGGUAUUGGAACUGGAUUUCCUUUCCCAUUUCAUCAGGGUCUAGAUUUUGGUUUAAGCAUUCCAAAUCCAAAACAAGUCAGCCCACAAAAUCUUUCACAAGAAACUAACAAACCCCUGGGCUUGAAGAUGAAUGGUGGAGCUACAAAGUUCUCUAGUGGAAGCUAUAAUUUACCAGAACAUAAUGCUGCACACAAUCACCAUAGCCAUGGAAGACUUAUAUCAUAUCAGAUGCAAAACCUUAAAGAUGGUCAUCUUUUCCUACAGUAAUUUAGUUCAAAACCAGGAACAAAGUCUUUUCAUUUCCAUGAUGUUCAUCAUCAGCAUGUUCUUUGUUUUCCUCAUCCGUUGAUCUUUAUAAACCUGAGUUGAUGUUCUUUUUAUAA